UUUUUAUAGACAAGCGAUUUAAUUUAAUAAAAUGACUCGCCACGCAAGAAAUUGUACGGCAGGUGCAGUCUAUACGUAUCACGAGAAAAAACGCGAUGCAGCUGCUUCAGGUUAUGGCACAAAUUCGCAAAGAUUAGGAAAAGAUUCAAUUAAAGAUUUUGAUUGUUGUUCGCUAUCUUUGCAGCCUUGCAGAAAUCCUGUUGUAACUAAAGACGGUUACUUGUUUGAUAAAGAGGUUAUCUUACAAUACAUUAUAACUAAAAAGAACGAAUACAGCAAAAAACUAAAGGAAUAUGAGCAACUUAAGAAAAGGGAGGAAGAUGAUGAUCAAGAGAAGGAAGAUUUGGCUAUGCAGAAAAAAGUGAGCUCCUUCUUAAAAAGCGAGAGUAACAUUGUAAGCAAGCCAUUGGAUGGAUUUAAACCUAGCGAAGCCAGCACAUCAUCAAUUUCAAAUAUGACUGGGGCUAAAGCUAAAGAAUUGCCUAGUUUUUGGGUACCUUCGAUGACCCCACAAGCUGAAAAGAGUAAAGUUGUAAAACCGGAUAAUACAAUUUAUUGUCCAAUAUCUCAACAACCAAUGAAAGUUAAGGAUUUAAUUGAUGUUAAGUUUACACCUGUUAAAGACCCCAGCGAUAAAAAAUCACUGAUUGCUAAAGAAAAUAGGUAUAUGUGUGCUGUUACACAUGAUAUUUUGAGUAAUUCAGUUCCAUGUGCAGUUCUUAAACCAACUGGUGAUGUUGUUACAUUGGAAUGUGUGGAGAAAAUUAUUAAAAAAGACAACUAUAUUCAUCCAUUGACAAACCAAAAACUUAAAGAAAAGGACAUUAUUGUUUUGCAAAGGGGUGGUACUGGAUAUGCCCAAACAAAUGUGAACCUGAAGGCAAAGGAAGAAAGGCCGGCAUUACAAGCUUAAGUAAUUUAAAUAAAAACAC